AUGAAAAAAUCACGACGUCUCGGGUCUGGGGAGGAUGGUGGCGCAGCCACCUCGGAGGCGCUCGCGGAACCCGGGCAGCGCCCCGUGGCGGCAGAGCUGCAGCCUGCAGAGGGAGCGGCGUCGGCGCGCGCGCCGGAGGGCGAGGCGCCAGGGAGCGCAGUGGCCAGUGGCGCAGCGCCCCUCUCAGCGGCGGGUCUCGAGGCCACGGCGUUGGAAGAGCUUCAGCGUGCGAGGGCGGGUGGCCGGUCUGAGGCCUCGGCGGCCGAGCACGACGGGCCCAGAGAGCGCGCACAGGAGCAGCGCCCAGACAGCGCAACCGCCGAGGAGGCGGAGGUGGAAUCGGCUUCGCCAGGCGCUGGCCCCGCGCUUCCCCAAGGCGUGGGCGAGCUGAUCGAGGCGGACGUGCUGCGUACCUUCCCGAACAACGCGGCCUUCCAGCAGAUGGGCGGGCCCGACCAGCUCCGGCGCGUGCUGCGGCAGCUGGCGCUGGAUGAUGCGGAGUUGGGCUACUGCCAGUCUCUGAACUUCGUCGCUGCCGUGUUCAUCAUGGUGCUGCGCGAGGACCGGCUGGCGCUGCCCGCGAUGCGGCAGACGCUCGUGAAGUUGGGGGCGCGCUGCUGGUACACAGAUGGCAUGAGACAACUUCGGGCGGAUACUGUCGUGCUGGAGGACCUCGUGCGGGCACGGCUUCCGGACGUCCACCGGACGUUCCAGAUCCACAGGUUCGAUUUGCUGAUGGUCGUCUCGAAGUGGUUCCUAUGCCUCUAUGCCACAGUGAUGGAGGGCGAGACGCUCAGGCGGGUGUGGGACGCGAUGCUCUGUGAUGGGGUCGAGGCCCUCUUCCGGGUCGCGCUGGCGACGCUGGCGUGCCGCGAGGAGGCCAUCACUCAGGCCAGGUCGAUCGACGACCUGCUCCACAUGUUCCAGGACUGGACUCCUGGCACAGGCCCCGGGCCGGAGAAGCUGCUGCGUGCCGCGUACGACGAGCGGCUGGUCGGCCGCCUGAGCCGCGCCUGGCUGGCCGGGCAGCGGCGGCUGGCGGUGCAGCGCGUGGCCACGGCCGACACGCGCCUGGAGAUGCGGCAGCAGGCCCUCUGGCGCGGGGGCGUUCGCCCCGCCUCCGUCCUGGCGCACGGGUGA